AUGACUCUCCGCUACGCCGAGGGAGACUUCGUUUGCCAGGAGUGUGGGAGCACUCGUAUGGAAUACGACGAGGCUCUGCGGGGUGGGUUCCUUUCAGGGACAGCAAAUUUUGAUUGCUGGGACCCCUUGGGGCUCAGCGCUACCGACGAGGAGGAGCACGUCGAUGUCAGUGUCUUCGAGACACAGACCAAGCAAGGCGUCAAGGCGUACGAAGCGAGGCACACGCAUUUGGCGGACCUCAGUCGACGUCGUUGGCGCCGCACCGUCACCCCGCCGGAAGCGGACGUCUAA